AUGGCUACCGUAUAUCACUUUCUGCAAGGCAAAGAUGAUUUUCUUGCGGAGUUGCAGGAGCGAACUGACUUUGCAGAGAACGUUCGGUACAAAAGGUUUAAAGCUGCGAUGGUGUUUAUAACUUUAAGUCGUAAAUACCUUAUUAAAAAACAUAUUGCAUUACUAUCAAGAAACGCCACAAUAAUACAGUGUGCAUUCAGAAAUUAUAGGGCAAGGAAAGCAUACCGCGCAGCACUGAGAAGAGCAGUUCGAAAUAAACAUGACAAACAUUACGCUAGAGCUGCUACAAUAAUUCAGGCCCUGUGGCGUGGACAUUAUUCAAGAAGAACCAAGUUCUGCUACCGUACAUAUCGACGUUGGUUGUUUACUGUGACAGAAAGAGGGGAAAGACGCGCGGCAGAAGCAGCUGAGUUUGGUAUUAGAAGUCGUGCUGAUGAUUUGAGAAUUUUAGAAGAAGAAGCUCGCCAAUGGCUAGCAUUUGUUGUUUUCAAAUUACAUCAUUUACUCAGAACCUACGUUUGCGCUGGAGUGUACUCGGAACCGGCCACAAACGAACUAUCGGAAUUCGAAAAGCUCCUAAAAUCUAUCCAUUAUACUGAAUAUAUGAAGAGACUGAAGCGGAAAUAUGAUGAGUUCGUAAGAAAGCAUCGACCGGCUUUUUCAAAUAAGAGGUUGUUUCCAAUAAUCGGGGACGGAACUGACUAUUGGUAUUUAUCAUUGGCAGAAAUGUACGAACUAACUACUGAGACGCCUCCCAAACCGGAUAAUAGACAUAAGGCAACACACCAUGGGCGGAUACAUAAGCAACCUUUUCUUUGGAAAAAAGUAGGAUCAGCAGAUGUUUGCAAAAGUAGAGGUCCAUUUACGCCACCUAGGACUAUACGAAUGUCUGAAUCGCCACCCGCUCCAACUCCAACCCCAAUAUAUAGUGAGAAACAAGAGCAUUCAAAAGAUCCUAGAUUUCAUCUCUAUUUAAAACAUUAUAAACCAGAACCAGCCUUAUUUGAUUAUGUCAACUUUCAUAUUAAUGUAUUGCUACGAAGGAAGAUAUCUGUACAGAAUAUCGAUGGCAAUGAAUAA